AUGUGGUGUUCCAGUGGAAUACCAGCCCUCCUCCUGGUGAUAUGCGUUAUUGGGGUUGUCGUUGAAGCCGGCUAUGUUUCGCCGUCGAGCCGUUUUGGCGUCCGCCACAAGUUGCCUGCCGAUUUGGAGAAAGCCAAGGCUCGGGUCAACGAUGUAAGGAGGAUCUUCGGGCUAGACGGCUAUCCACACCAGAUGAAUUUCACUGGCGGAGAUCCACAUCUUUACGAGAAAGGCAUCAAGUUGAUCCCCGGCAUCCUACAGGCAUACCACGAGAUCUUCGUGGAACGUUGCCCUGAACCGAUUACCAAGGAAGAAGCAAGAAUUUGGGCGGAGCAUAGAGCAUUUGUGCUAGAUAGCUUUCUGGAAUGGGAUCGGGAACAUCCGACUACAGGCCCCUUUCCAUACGAUAAGGUUGAUCCCUUUUUCCAGCAUUUCCGGGACAUCUACGAAUCAAUGCCCAUCCCGGAACUGUUCGACGUUCAGUCAUUGAACACCAGCGAGCUCUACAAAGGAUCAGUGGAGGCUUCUUUUGAGGAAUUAUUUAAACAAAUGGAAUCGCGGUACUUCCGCGGUCCCGUAAAUGACAAAGAGCUGAAAGGGUGCUACUGGAAGCAGUAUAUGUUGGAAACCAAAUUCAGUCUGACCGAGACCAUGAUGAGGUUCGAAAAGGAGGAAGACGAUUGGUCAGUGAUGCAUAUGGCCCUUAUCUUCUAUCACAAUCACAGCAGUCAGGGCGUGGAGGACUUGAACGAAUUGCACGAUGUCAAAUAUGCAAUCACUCAACAUAUGCUUGGCUACACGACUCAUUCAUUCCUGGUUGGUUUUCUGUUUUUGGCUCCCGUAUACUAUCUCGAAAGGCAAAACACAAUUUUCGAAAUCCAACGG